UCACGUGACACCAAUUUGGACGCGGGGAGCCGUUUCAUUGGCCGAACGCUCUCAUACAGGCGAUGAGGGCUCUGCGUAGUUUCCUCCUGCCUGACGCCGUAUCUGAAGUUUGCGUGUAACUGGGAUGUAGAUGCGAGCAGAUCCGAACCAGACGGAACCGGGAGAUCACACGCGCUGAGCACUGCACGGAACUGAUUGUCCCGCGGGACGUCAUGAACAAGAACACCACGGACACGAGCACGCUCUGCCUCUUUGAUGUUGACGGCACGCUGACGGCCGCGAGACAGAGCGUGACUCCAGAAAUGAAAGGCUUCCUGGAGAAGCUGAGGACUCGGGUCCGGGUCGGUGUGGUCGGCGGGUCGGACCUGGUCAAGAUCAAGGAGCAGCUGGGAGACGACGUCAUCCAGAAAGCAGACUACGUGUUCGCUGAGAACGGCCUGGUGGCCUACAGGAACGGCCAGCUGCACUCGGUCCAGUCCAUCCAGGCCCACAUGGGAGAGGAGCUGCUGCAAGACUUCAUCAACUUCUGCCUCAACUACAUGGCCAAGAUCAAGCUGCCCAGAAAAAGAGGAACCUUCAUCGAAUUUCGUAACGGGAUGCUGAACGUCUCUCCCAUCGGACGCAGCUGCUCACAGGAGGAGCGGCAGGAGUUUUAUGAGCUGGAUCAGAAAGAGAAGAUCAGAGAGAAGUUUGUUUCUGUGCUGAGGGAGGAGUUCAAAGGGAAAGGUCUGACGUUUUCCAUCGGAGGCCAGAUCAGCUUCGACGUCUUCCCUGACGGCUGGGACAAGCGGUACUGCUUGGCCAUCGUAGAGAAGGACAACUACUCCACCAUCCACUUCUUUGGAGACAAAACCAAACCUGGAGGAAACGACUACGAGAUCUACAGCGACCCGCGGACCGUCGGCCACGAAGUGUCCAGCCCCACAGAGACGCAGCGGCUCUGCGAGGAACUGUUCUUCUCCUGAGAGCCGAGCCGAGGUUCUGGUCCAGAGACGUCUGAGCCCAGACUGCUUCAGAGCCUCGGGUCACCUGCAGCCAUCCUGGGUUUAUAAAUGUUACUGAUUUUUAGUUCUAGUUUUCUUUCCUGGUGCGUCUGACCCUGUCAGGUCCGUUCUGUGGGCGGCACCAGCUGGGAACGGUUCUACACAUCAGCUGCUGCAGCUGGAGGCUGAAGAUGCACAUGUGGUCUGAUGUUCCUGUGAACGUCAGAGCCGUCUCCUGUUCCCAAAGCACUAAAACAAAAAUCUCUACUCUGUAAAGUCUAAUUUACUAAAUAAAAGAAAGUGAACAAUGCUUUUGUUCAUUUA